AUGGCCGGUAUCUCUGUUCACGUUACCAUCACCAUCGACCCCAAGGACAAGGACGCUUUCCUUACUGCCUUGAAGCCCACCUUCGAUGCCGUCAAGGCUGAGCCCUUGAACCUCUUUUUUGAGAUCUCUUACGACGAGAAAGACCCCGGAGUCUUCAAGCUCAUCGAGAGCUGGAACUGUACCGCCGAAUACAUUAUGAGUAGCCAGCUCCAGAAGGACUACUACAAGCCCUACCGCGCUGCCGUGGAGCCCCUGCUCCUUAAGCCCUUCGAGGUCCAAAUCUUCAACCGUCUGGGUAGUGAGUGGGCCAGUGUCAACGCCUCCGCCUACCCUGCUCGUUCUUAA